CUGAGAUAUAAAUAGUAGGUCAUUAUAUUUUGGAAACACGUAAAGCGGAAGUUGGCUGAAGGAUCAUUUGUAAAGAAUUACAUAUAUCUGUAACACAGAAAGAUGCUUUACUUUUUAACUUUAAUAAAGAACCUCAAGGGCAUACAUGUACUCUGACAACAAUUGUCUCUAAACUAGAAGUUUGACAUCGUUCACCUUCAAUAGUUGAAUUUCCUACGAAUUCAAAUAUAUAUGAACCAAAACGAGGCUGAUAAUUAAUUUUUACAAUUUUUGGCGAAGUCGUAUUAAACUUUUGUGUAGCGUAAAACGAUGUUUCAUCCAAUCAGGUGUUGUCAUAAAACAAUCAUGCAGAAUAUAUUUUCAUUCAUGGUUAUGAGCCUCUGACAGAUGCUGAUAUGUAAAGCUUCAGCCAGAAAGUAAAAAGAAUAAAAAUAGUAUAAAUACAGCUCACAUUUGUUGAUAAAAAAAACAUUAUCUAAAUAUCUAUUUUACAUUAACAAUGGUCUCAUUCACCUUAUUCAAAUCAGUUUCUCUUAUGGCUUUUGCUGCUUCUCUUGUCUCUGCCGCACCUGCCAAUAACAAGUGUAGUGGUUUCCAUGUGACAGCUCCUCAUUCUUACUUUACUACUACCGCUGGUCAAUGUUACCAGGUUUCUUUUGACUUUGGAGGUACUAAGCCUGCUCAUCCCGCUUCUGUCUCUGUUGACCUCUAUGAAUCCAAGACUAACAAGUUUGUACGUAACGUUGCUGAUGAAGUAUCCGGUGACAGCAUUGCUACUCCUUGGUUUAAUGUUGAUGUCGGUAAGAAGACUGGCGACUAUUACUUCCUUGUCACUUAUGGUGACAGCUGUAAGCCUAUCAAGACCCCCGCUUUCCAUGUUGUAUAUAACAAGAACUCUCCCCCUUCUGUUUGUUAAGUUAUCUAACUUGCCUUUCAUUUUUCUGUAUAUUUUGGACCCCUACUAAAUUUGUGUAUAUUAUUGCUUAAAUAAAAUAAUGCUAGUUUUAUUUGUUAAAAUACAUGUCCUGUUUAUAUUGUGCCGA